AUGUCUGAGGUCCAGUCUGCUCACAUGGAUGUCGGCGCAGAGGCGUCGGCCCAAGAUUCUACGGCGAAUGAGCGUGUGCCGAACAGCCCUCUUCUGAUGCCGACCAUCGCACGCAGAUCUACUGAGCCUACAGAGCCUGAUUCUCUCUCUCGGGUUCGACAAGAAUUCCUACCACUUCGUCCUCGUAAUCGCUCCCCUUAUGCACGAAGCCAUCUGCGGUCGCAGUCUUCCCAUAGUCCGCUGGGUACUCCAAUGACCAGGGCCCAUUCUCUACCGGGGGUCGAUUCUGGAGGAAGGGUUCUCCCGGAGGACUUACACCAUCCACCAAGUCCACUCGGUUCCCUCAGCCGCCUCCGGAGUCAUUCUCAGAGCCCAACUCAUACAAAUGCUGGGGAUUAUCCUGCCCAAGGGUUGGACGCAGAUCAUAUUCCGAGGUCAACUUGCCGAUCAGACUCUUUUUUGAACGCGCCAUCCGCCCACGUCAAAUCAGGAAACACAUUUCCGCGUCGACGUAGGCCAUCUUCGCCGCUCAACCCGCUUGCACAGGGUGGAGCUGCUCCCAGUACUUCGACCUCUGCAUCAUCCUCACCGCUUAUUGCACCUACGAAAUUUAAUGAAUCAUACCCCAAAGAUUACAAUUUCAAUAUGUCUUUCUCAUCUUCGUCCCUGCCCUCGACACCCACCUCUGCGCGUUCACGCAGCCCGAGUAUAUCCAGCCUCGAAACAAUUCCAGACUCACCUGCUGCAGAAGAGGCUGCACUUGAAGCAGAAAACCUGGCCAAGUUGAAGGCGGCAGCAGAGGCUUCGGAUGCGGCCAACACGGGGCCAGAGCAAAGGAGCGCCUCUGAUUCAAUUGCGUUCAGCAAAGGGGGGCUCGGUUCCUUUGGCUUCUAUGGUUCCCGGGACAAGAGAAAGCGAUGGAGUGUAUGUGGUGCCGAGAGACGAGGUGAUCUGGACUUGGAGACCAUUUGGGAGGAUUAG